AUGGUGAGGAAACGCGGGAGAGGUUUCCGGAACCCAGGAGCGGGGGGAAGAACUGACGAGCCCACAUAUGAUCGGCUGGACGUAGAACACAAGGAUGCGGGGUCUGGGUCCGCCGCGCGAUCUGUGGAGGGAUGGAUCGUUCUCGUAACCAACGUACACGAAGAGGCAUCGGAAGACGAUGUCCAGGACAAGUUUGCAGACUUUGGAGAGAUCAAAAACCUGCACCUCAAUCUCGAUCGACGGACGGGUUAUGUAAAGGGAUACGCACUCGUUGAAUACGAAACAUUCCGAGAAGCAAAAAAUGCCAUCGACAAACUUAAUGGUGCCAAGUUACUUGACCAAGAAAUCCAAUGUGACUUUGCGUUUGACAGAGCACUAUUGCUCCUUGCUACUAUGCCCAGCACAUCGUUAAGGACAACUUCUGAUGCGAGCCGCCAGAAACCCAAGAAUAAGGGCAAGGUGGUACCACAGGUUACCAGUGGUAAACAGCCUCAGGGCGCUGCAUUUGGCGAAGGUGUAUCAUUCAACGACUCUACUGCUGUGGUAAGACAGCCAUCGCCUAUAUCAGCCACACCGAAGAAGAGUAAAGCCAAAAACAAGGCCAAGAAGAAAGAAAAGAAACCUCACAAGACCUCGAUCUUCGACCGACUGGUCCAAUUAAUUCUGCUUGGAUAUCUCUUGUUUACAGUCCAACAGUGCCAUAACGAUGUCGACCUCAAAUCGCCAGUGUGCAAGGCCGUCCAACAGCGUAUCCUACAGCCGCUGGUAUACCAGCCAUACAACUUUGUUGUCACCCACCCCUCUGUAGCCCCCGUACUCGAAGCAUCAAAGCCUUACCGUACUCAAGCGGUCAAGGCAUCACAGCCGUUGGUUCAGGCAGCUCAGAAGUUGUAUAUCGUCCGCGUCGCACCACACGUCGCGCAGCUCGAAAAACGCACGCGGCCAUACGUCAGAAACCUCAAGUUCCAUUAUGCACGAAACGUAGCUCCCGUGGUCCGAACAAUUCAGAUAUACUACACACAACUCCAAAACACCCUAGAGCCAUACAUCAACCAAGCGAUUGCCGCGUUGAUUCGUCUCUGGCUCGAAGUUCAGCCCAAACUCAUACCCUUGAUUGAGGAGAGCAAGUUUAUCCCCGAGUGGAUGCGCGAGCAUGUAUUAAUCCCGCUCAUGCGCCUGCGCGAGCAAUAUGUCGAUGCGCAUGUAUACAAGAUGCUUGAAAAGGUGGAAGAACUGGGCGAAUCGAGGGAAACCAAGAGCCUCAAGGCAGAACACCACAUUACCAAAUCACCCACGUCGAGUUUCCAGCAUCAUCAAUCUGAGCCGGCUCAUACCUCGGCAACCGAGGCCCCUACGCCCACAGCCGCACCUACGUCCGAGCCAGUUAUAGCCGAGCCAACGGCGAUCACGGCCACCCCGGCCGCUAUUAUACCUGAGGGACCUAUCAUCCCGGAUGGACCCGUCAUUCCCGAGGGGCCCAUUAUUCCUGAUGCGCCUGAGCCUGUGGCGGCCGCUACCCCCGAAACCGAUGAUGACCUCGAUGCAUGGAUUGAGUCUCUAAGGUCCGAGAAACCUGCACCUCCCACUCCAGAACCCGAGCCCCAACGCGUAGCCGAACCCACCGAGGAAGAGCUCGCCGAACAGAAACGCCUCAAGGCCAAGGCGACCGCCGAGAAACGAGCAGAAAUCGAGUCGAGGCAUGCCAAAUUCGAAGAGGACCUCCGUUCCCUUGGGCAAUCGGCUGUUGAAGACUUGGAGAUUUUCCUAUCGGCCGUACGGAGCGUCGCUGCUGGCGACUUGAAUCGACGCGCGAAAGACCAUAUCGGCACCCUCAAUAAGGAGGCAGAAAAGGGACUCAAGGGCAUCGAUGCGUACCUGCAAAAGCUCAAGCACACGGCGGAAGGCGGUGCGAUCAAGAUCGCCAUGUUCGACGACGUAGUUCAAAAGGUCGAGAAGAAAUUCUUGGAAACCGCACAAAAUGUGUCGAACAUCGUCUCAGGAUGGUGGUCUGAGAUGCACGAGGAGGAGCAGAAGGAGGCGAACACUGCUGCGGGUGCUAUCAAGGCGCUUGCUUCCGAGGCCCAAUCGAGUCUCGGUAUGGACUAUGCGUGGUUGGAUGAUGUUACUGUUCAGGAUUGGAGCCGCUACCAUGCCCUUAUCGAUACCUCCGAUGCGUUUGCUAAAGAACUCCAAUCUCUCGUUGACAACACUCACCCCCAGUCCGAACCCAAUCCGCUCGAAACGGGACUGGAAGAAUUACAAGAAAGGCUAAACGGUAUUGUUGACGACUUCCAGUCCAAACUCAAACUCGCGCACCACAAUGGCCUCCAUUCUUUCGGAAGCGUCAAUCCUGAUAUUCCCGAGUCUAGUGGUUCAUCGCUCUUCCCAGGCGCCCAAGCCCAUGCAGACGGUGCCAGCAUUCUCGAACGCGGUAAAGAGGAAGUCGAGGCUGCUAUUAAGCUCGCCGAAAACAAGGCAGGAUCUGCAGCCGAGAACGUACAGGCCAUCUUUAGCGAUGCUAGCUCGUCAGUUCAUCAGGCUACACGAUCGGUGAUUAAAGCAGCUGGAGGGACACCUACUCCAGAGACACCCAAAGAAUACGCCGAGAGCAUUGUUGCUCAGGUUUCUUCAACUGUUGUCGCUGCCGCUACUGGCGUUUCGUCUAUUCUGGACGAUGCUGCUGCCGCUGCUUCAGCGAGCGGUGCUUCCGUUGCUGCAGCUGCAUCGAGCGCGUAUAAUGAUGCUUUGCGUUCGGCCUCGAGCGCCUUUGACGAAGCAACCCGCUCGGCCUCGAGUGCGUGUAACGAAGCGACUCGCACGGUUAUCAAAGCGGCGGGCGGGACCCCAUCUCCCACAAACGUCUAUGAGACAGCCGAAAUUCUAGCCGCCGGAGCACAAGCGUACUAUACCGACGCCGCCUCGCAAAUUUCCAAAGCUGCCGCAUCUAAUCUUCCAUCUUACGAUGACCUAAAAUCCCGUGCCCAGGCACUCCUAGGAGGCGAACCUGCUCCGUCCGGAUACGAAAAACUUCUCAACGACGCGCUGUCUGUUGUUGAUGAUCUACAGUCGCGUGCACACCAGGCCACCCGUGCAGCUUCGAGGGCGGUGGGUGCCACUCCUACGCCUGAGUCGGCUGGAGAGUACCUUGAGAGCGUUGCUGCCAAGGCGUCGAGUGUGGUACACGGAGAGCUUUGA